UGUGGGGCUGGUUUCCCAGAGAAGGGGCACGGGGAUAUGAGGGACAGGGCACACGUAGGAGGGAUGGAUUUGGGCAUAAAGCGCGUCAGGCCUCAGGGAAUAUCAUGCCUUAAGAGGAGGGUGCGGCACCUUGUCCCCAGCACCCGGCCAGCUGCACAGGAUGUCUCCUCGCUGGCCCGGCGGGCAUAAAAUCUCCAUCCAGGGCCGCCAACAAGAAGCCUUUCUGCAGGGCCUUCCUGGGGAAAGGGCAGCCUCCGAGCUUCUCCCGGGAGGAUGCUCAGUUCCCUGUUUAUUGCUCAGCGCGCUUCUCUUCACUCGCGGCAAAACACGUUAUUUUUUUAUUUAUUUUUUUUUUGUGCGGAGAGAACAGGCCUCCCUCUGGGCAGGGAUCAUUUGCAUUAAUUAGCGGAGCCGUUAUGCACGGCCGCGCUCUGUCGCAUAGGAGCCAAACAAACGCCUUCUUUUUUUUUUUUAUUUUAUUUUAUUUUUUUUUUUAAUUCUGUCGUAACCUAGGAGUUAUUACAAGUCGGCCACCGCAUCCGUUACAGCCGCUGCGGAACACGUGCGCCCAGCCUGCCGCGUGCUCCACAAAAGUGGGCUUGUGUUUCCUUCCCCCCCGCCGGAGCCCUGGACACUGCCUCCCUGUCUCUCGUGGUCCAGGCGCCGUUCCCCGUUAAUUAUAUCUUCGCCGGGCUCGCAGCCCUUCAUUUCCUGGGAACGAGGUUUCACAAGGAAAUGAGGAAUAGUUAGUGCUGCCGGCGAGGCUGGGAGCUCGGCGAGCAGCGGGAGCAGCGGUGGGGCGCCCUCUCCCUUUUUCCCCCCACUGAUUUUAUCCUGGCUGGUUGAAGCAGAAGAGCUCUGACGGGAGCGAGUCAUUUCAGAGCAGAAGGAGGACAGGGGCUCUGUACCCACUGCAAGCCUUAAGCCAGACCCGUGCCGGUGGUCUCCACGUUUUGGGAUGCGGACCCUUCCCCACGGUGCCUGCGGGGCGCAACCCGUGGAGCAGGGCAUCAGCUGCCAGCCUGCCUGCUUCGGUAACCCUGCAGAGCUCGGCGUUUUUAUCACGUAAGGUGGUCCUGGCUGGUGAUUUUCUGGCAUUUUAAACGCGAGUGUGAGCCUCUGCGGUGCUCCUAGGCAAGGCACCUUGCUCGAGGGCCCCCUGGCACAGCAAAUCAGCCUCCUAGGGUUUGUCGUGAUUCACCUCUGCGUGCGCUGAUGCACGCAGCCAGGAGGCGGGGAGGCUCUGCAGGAGCUGUUUCCCUGUGCAAACCCUAAGGGAGGGACCGUCCCGUGGGCUGGGGAUGCUCUCGGGAUCCCGGUGGCACUGGGGUGGCUGGGAUGGGAUCUCCCUCGGGCGCUGCUCCCUGCUCGGUCGCUUCGUAGCUGGCGCUGCACGGGGCAGCAGGGGCGAGGGGGGCACCGGUGGGGCUUCACUGAGCUCUUCGGAGGCUCACUGCAGGGAAAGAUAACGUCCCCCUUGUCACUGCCUGCGUUUGUACUUGCCCAAAGUCACGCAAUGACUCAGUGGCAGGGCUGGGAAGAGAGCCCAGGACUUCCGACCCUCCUUGGAAAUGCAUCUGAUGGCCGGAGCUGGAGAUGCAGCGGCAUCGCGGUAACCUUCAGCCCGCCGCGCCCUCUCUCCCCGCUGCUGGAGCCGCCUCGUGCGCUGCCCUCCAGCCCGCCUGGGGAGGCACAGCGUCCUCACGAGCCUGCCAGCACGCCGAGCAGCAAUCCCAGCUCCCCGCUCGCCUCUCCUCUCCUGCCCUGUGCCCUCGCAGUGCUCGGGGGGGCUCUCGGUUACAGCUGGGGCACCGCUGCCGUAGCGAUGGGGAGCAGUGUGCUCGGUGGGGUAUCGCACAGAGGAUCGGGCUUGCGGCUAGGAAGGGGAAUAAAGGAGAAGCGGUGUCUGUUCUCUGCCACUAAACCAGGUCUGGGAAGGGAGCUGCUGGGCCCGGAGAGAUGCCGAAGGGCCUUCGUGCAGGCACCUCUCGGCCCGGUGCCCGCGCGUGUUACCUGGCGCAAAUGGGGUGCCCCGGGGACGUCGCAGCUUUCUGAAAGCUCAGCUGAGGGGCUCGGGAGGGGAAGGCCGGUUAACGCUUGGGAUCUUCUUCCCUUUCAAGGGCACAGCAGCAUCCUGCUCUCACUGCUGGGAAGCAUUCGCUGUGUGCCCAUGAAUCCUCCUCGCUGUCACUGCGGUGGGGAAUCUCAUAUCGCACUGGUGAUGCGAGGAGAAGAGGGCAUCGCAGGCCUCCCUCCUGCUCAGAAAAGCUGUUUAUUCAUCUUUUUCCCUCCCCCAGACUCUAGUACGUGAUACAACUGCUAUUUAAAAAUGAAUAGAUGGCUGCUUUCGUGGCUGAGCAGGCACAGCGUGGUGGGCUUCUAUUUUUAGGCUGAGCGCGGCUGGCGACGUGGAGGUGUCGCGAGGAGCAGGGAGGCGGAGGGGAUUCUCUCGCCGCAGGGAUGCGGGGGCAGGCGACGAGCGCAGCACGCUGGCUUUCUUCCUCCCAGCUGCCUUUUUUCUCCUGCUGCCUCCCCCGGCUCCCUCCUGCUGCUCUCUUCUUCCCUCCCCACUCCCCCAGCUCGCCUUUGGGUGCCGCUGGGCAGGGAGGCAGCCAAAUGCCUUUCGAAACGCAGGCAGGAGCCUAGAUGCUCACGGCACGGAAAGGAGAAAAAAAAAAAAAAAAAUCUUUGCACAAAUAAAUGCCCUUGUUUAGGCAUUUUUUUGUUUUCUGAGAGCUCAGCAAGCUCACGCUGCUGCUCCCCGCGUGCCCAGAGGCGUGCGCACAGGCUGAGCUCUGCAUCGGGUCCUGGCCACUCGGUCGGUGUCUCUGUCCUUUGCUGUCUGUCCGUCCCAUCCUCCUCGUCAAACGAGCACUGCCCGAAGCCCAGGGCCAACUGCUGGAAGGACAACAUCAGCCGGGGACGGUGCAGGGGGGCUCGGGGCUCUGCUUUGCCCCCGCUGCCCAUUGGGACCGGAGCUGCGGCAGGAUGGUCCGGGGCAGCCUUGGGGUUGGAUGUGCCUGGUUAGAGGACACGUGGGGGGAGUGAGACCAGCACGUUAAAGCGUGUGUCCCCUGUUCCCGUAAAGGAAAGCUCAGUCUUUGUCCAAAAAGAGGCUUGAAAUAUAAAAAAAAAAGAGAGAACCAAUCCCCAAAUCUGCAGGGUUCUGUGCUGGGGCUGUGCAGCUCUGUGCUACGAUUGCCUUUGCCCUCUGCCUCGUCCUCCCGAAUUGUUUUUGGGCAGCUCUUUGGGCUUACCUUCUGAAGGCAGGUGCAUUGCAAACCUCCUGGCAUCUUCUGGAAGCAGGAAGAGAUCAAGCACCGCUCAGAGGGCUGUGGUCCAUAACGCCCCCCUUGCAUCUGGGAACACGGCAUUCCCUGGUUGUUACUUGUUCAGUCUGGUCCAGGUUGUCGUGUUCGCUGUCUCGAGUGGUUGAUUUAAAAACGUGCUUGACCAAUGCAAGGCUGGCAAGCCCUGGUGGGACUUCUGAGAUCAGUGCUGAUGAUGGGACGGAGAUGCACACGGUCAGGCUGAUUUGGAGGCGGUGUAACUUCGCGGAAACCCAGCGGGGUCACAUACACAGAGCAGUGCCCUUCUGAAGGCGGGGAGGAGGAUAUUGAUCCAGAGAUGAGCACGGCAGGGAAGCAGUGGGUGUCAGCGCUGCCACAGAGCAGCGAAGAACCUCAGCAUCACCUUGCACGACUCGUGUCCCUCCAGGGACCGUCCCCUCCCCAUUGCUUAGGAGCAGGGUGCUGUUUCCCUGGCAGGAGCUGGUCUUGCUUGGGGUCUUUGAGGAGGACCCAUGGGAAUCGUCAGGGUCUAGAGCUGUUCUGGGUAAUGCUUUGUUUCUCCCCCCAUCAGUGACGCCGAGAAGGGAGAUCCCACCCUCCACCACCCGCAGCCAUGGAAGGCGGCGUGCAGCUCCUCAACCGCGACGGCCACAGCAUCUCGCACAACUCCAAGCGGCACUACCACGACGCCUUCGUGUGCAUGAACCGCAUGCGGCAGCGCGGGCUGCUCUGCGACAUCGUGCUGCACGUGGGCACCAAGGAGAUCAAGGCCCACAAGGUGGUGCUGGCGUCCUGCAGCCCAUACUUCCACGCCAUGUUCACAAAUGAGAUGAGUGAGAGCCGCCAGACCCACGUCACGCUGCACGACAUCGACCCGCAGGCCCUGGAGCAGCUGGUGCAGUACGCUUACACGGCUGAGAUCGUGGUGGGCGAGGGCAACGUGCAGACACUUCUUCCCGCUGCCAGCCUGCUUCAGCUCAACGGCGUGCGGGAUGCUUGCUGCAAGUUCCUCCUGAGCCAGCUCGACCCAUCCAACUGCCUGGGGAUCCGGGGCUUUGCCGACACGCACUCCUGCAGCGACCUCCUCAAGUCUGCCCACAAGUACGUCCUCCAGCACUUCGUGGAGGUGUCCAAGACAGAGGAGUUCAUGUUGCUGCCCCUCAAACAGGUGCUGGACCUCAUUUCCAGUGACAGCCUCAACGUGCCGUCGGAGGAGGAGGUGUACCGGGCUGUGCUCAGCUGGGUCAAGCACGAUGUGGACAGCAGAAGGCAGCAUGUCCCCAGGCUCAUGAAGUGCGUGCGGCUGCCCUUGCUGAGCCGGGACUUCCUGAUGAGCAACGUGGACACGGAGCUGCUGGUGCGGCACCACUCGGAGUGCAAGGACCUGCUGAUCGAAGCCCUCAAGUACCACCUCAUGCCGGAGCAGCGAGGGGUCCUCAGCAACAGCAGGACGAGGCCACGGCGCUGCGAGGGGGCCAGCACCGUGCUGUUCGCUGUGGGUGGGGGGAGCCUGUUCGCCAUCCACGGGGACUGCGAGGCCUACGACACGCGGACGGACCGGUGGCACAUGGUGGCCUCCAUGUCGACGCGCAGGGCCAGGGUCGGCGUGGCUGCCAUCGGGAACAAGCUGUACGCCGUGGGCGGUUACGACGGGACCUCUGAUCUGGCCACGGUGGAGUCCUACGACCCCGUCACCAAUUCCUGGCAGCCCGAGGUGUCCAUGGGCACCAGGAGGAGCUGCCUGGGCGUAGCGGCGCUUCACGGGCUUCUCUAUGCUGCUGGGGGUUACGAUGGGGCCUCGUGCCUGAACAGCGCAGAGCGGUACGACCCUCUGACAGGCACCUGGACAUCCAUCGCUGCCAUGAGCACCAGGAGACGCUACGUCCGGGUGGCAACGCUAGGUCAACACCUGGACGCCCAUUGCCAACAUGCUGAGCCGCCGGAGCAGCGCAGGGGUGGCCGUGCUGGAGGGGAUGCUCUACGUGGCCGGCGGCAACGACGGGACCAGCUGCCUGAACUCCGUGGAGCGCUACAACCCCAAAACCAACACGUGGGAGAGCGUGGCGCCCAUGAACAUCCGCAGGAGCACCCACGACCUGGUGGCCAUGGACGGCUGGCUGUACGCCGUGGGUGGCAACGACGGGAGCUCCAGCCUGAACUCCAUCGAGAAGUACAACCCGCGCACCAACAAGUGGGUGGCAGCCUCCUGCAUGUUCACCCGCCGCAGCAGCGUGGGGGUGGCGGUGCUGGAACUGCUCAACUUCCCACCCCCUUCCUCGCCCACCCUCUCGGUGUCUUCGACGAGCCUUUGACAAAGGAUCAGGACCUGCCCUACCUCAAGGGGACAGGGGCGCCUGGCGGAGCACCCGGCCGCCGUGGCCCGCCCCGCGGGGCAGCCGGUCGUUAUAGGAGGAGAGCGAAGGCACCGGGUGCCACCUCCAGCCCCGGCACCCCCAGGGACCCCGGAGCCGUCCCCGCUCUCGGUGCACGCAUGGGACCCUCACGGCGGUCAGAAAUGUGCUUCCCGGGGGAGCACCCUCCUUCCAGGGGGCGAGGAGAGGAAGUACUCUCCGCCCCGUCCACAGACUCAUCUCACCGCCCUCCCGAGGGGUGCGUAUUUUCCUUUGGGGAGGGGAAUCUCGAAAUCAUUGCUGCUUCUCGGAUUCAGACGAUCCGGCCGGUGCCGCACGGGCGAGCACAGCCAGCCGUGGAGGCUCCCCGGAGUCCCGUUGGGUGGCAGAGGUGGGCGGCGCUCCUCCCAGGGACACGGCCGAGUGUGCAAGCGCUCCUCUGAAUGUCACUGUAGCCAAACUCUUUACCAAGCCUAUCGUGCACUGUUAAAGACUCUGAGGCCACCGCAUGGUUCUCAAUGGUGUCUAAUUGAUGCCUUAAAAUAAACGAAUGACUGAAGCCCAGCGAAGGGACAGGGCCUGGAGGAGGCGAAGUUUGGAGACAAAGCUGGAUGCAGCAUCCACAUCCCUCGGGGUUUCCAGGCUCAGCUGGCCCAACCUCAUUCCCAAGGAUCCCAACUGCCCGUCCCUUUGGGGCGGCCCCAGACGGGUGGAUUGGACUUGUUUGCAUCGUGCCCAGGUCGAUGUCCCAGGUUCAAGUGGCCGUGUGGCUGCCUGCUCCCCGCGCGUGCUCCUGGUGCACGGUCUGGUGGGAACAGAUCGGCCUGGCUGCUGCUCCCCUCUCUGCAAAGCAGGUUCUGGGUUCAUGGGGAGGGUCUCGGUUCUUGAAGGAGAACGGUCCAGCCUUCUGAACGAGGAGGGUUGCCUGGUGUUACUUUUUUUUGGGUGUUAAUUUUUCACCUUUUUUAAUUUGAGUGCCAGUAUUUUAAUUUUAAUUACUUCAUAUCCUUUUAUUUUUACGCCUCUCCCGGUAUUCCCCAUCCCAUCUGCUUUUAAGGCAGCAGAAGGGAUGCAAUUACUUUUCUUAAUUGUUGAUGAGAUGAUGACUGUGUCCUGGAAGACGUUCUCUAAAGAUGUGUGGGUGUGUGUGCAUGUGUGAGAUACCAUAUGUACAGCGAAAGCAGCAUGGAAGGGACCAUGUGCAAUUAGCAACUCCCUGGCAAUUAAGCAGCCACUUUAACUAAAGGUUGAAUAAAUUAGCACUGUAAAUCACAAGCCUGUCCUUCCAGACCCGCCUGUGCCGUGGGACCUCCUGGGCGGUUGCUUAGGAUGCGAUUUCGAUGCGUGUGCUGCAGGGUGUGCGCGUUACAGGGGAGAGACUCAACCCCUGGUACCUCAGCGGUGUUCGCAUGGGGCAUCGGAACAUGCUCUGACUGUUUGUUUGUUUUAGACUUAAUGCCUUCAGCCGUGUGCCCCCGCUCCUUCUUGUUCCCCGUUUACAGAGUUCACAUCUCACUUGUGAUGGUGCCUGGCCUAAGUUUUCAAGUGGCGUGGGAUUUCCUGCUUUCUCUUCUCCUUGGGGUGGAAAGAGAGCUGGAGACUCCCCAACUUAAGGCGAUUUGUCCCGCGAUCUGAUUUCUCCUGGACAGGUGCCUGCAUGUUUUACAAGCCCAUUUACAGUGCCUAAAGUUGGACACCUGAAAUUACCAGCUGCUCCUGAAAAUCUAGACUGCUUCUCCCCCUGGCCUCUCCCACAAGACAGUCUGGGCUUCUCGGGCUGAGGAGGACGUUUUGUUUCUCAGAACAGACUUGAAAUCCGCCUUUUGUUCCCCUGCCACUUCCCAAGACUCUGCUGGAGCCAGCCCCAGCUCAGCAGCUCUCCUCUUCCUGGAGAUUUACGCCCUGUAAGUGGCCAGGAGGCUCUCGCAGGUUGCCUCUUGGGCAGCACGGCUGUAGGGCUGCCAGAAGUGGUGGCAUUAAUCUGCUUUGUGUGCAGUACUGAUGAAUUAGUGAAAUCCGCAUUGGUGUGCGUGCGAGUGUGCGUGAGAGAGGUCUCGAUCCUUUUCUUCCCGUUCCUGUAAGCAACAUCAGGAUUUGAGUCUUUUGCUGGGCUCGUUUCAGCCAGCACAUUCAAGGUGCGCUGGGCUUUAGGGUCCCCUAUACAGGAGGAGCAGCCCGAAAGCCUCACGGUAGUCUCAGAAAGGGGCUGGUGCUGGGACGCUGAGGCCAGCGUAAGGAAUGGGGUAAGGAGAGCUUCAAUCCCUUGCAAUUUACGCUAGAAAAGGUGUGCAAUGCUGCCCUGCCUCCUGAGGGUCAGGGAAAAGGGCAGCGUGACUCCCGUCACCCUCCGGUUGGGUCCUGAGCAAUACCACCACGGAGCCUGCUGUGCAGAACCCUGGGGAGGAGGGAGCCUUUUGUGUCUGACGUCCUAACUAUGCAGGUGCUCACGGCUUUCCCCUAACGGGAAACGGAGGAGAGAAAGGGCGAAAUCGUUCCCCAGCAGCUUGCGGGGGUCCAGAGCACCCCAACCCACACUGUGUGGACACGAGGUGUCAGCAUCUGCCCCGGGGCGAUCCCGGGGCUGGAAUUGGUGCUGCACACCCCUUGCCUCGGCGGGGAUGUGCGUCUGUGUGUGUGUCCGUCUGUGCGUAGUACCCUGUCCGAGCGGGGAGGAGAACCGUCCCGACCCUCUGCCGGUUUUAGUUCAGUGGCGUCUCGCCCCAAACGUCCCUCGUGCCGUUUCCCACGUGAAUUUCCCCCGGCUGAGGGGCGGCUCCGGGCUGGCUGUGUUGAUGUGCUUCGCCCACCGACCCCCCUGGGGGUUGCAGGGGGACGGCCGGGGUGGUCGGAGCCCCGACCCCGCACGGGGCAGGGGUUUGCUUGGCCAUCCCGGUGGGCAGACCCCGUCUAGCCAUGUCAACCCGUCGUCACUGAUUUCUCUGUAAGUUAUCUGACUUAUUUAUGUGGAACUCUGUUUCUCUGAAUUUUUUGCACUACGUGGGACUGGGGAGGGGAUACAAGCAAUACGAGCCAACAUGUACAAUAAAGAUGUUUUCUUGAAUACAG